AUGUCUCAACCUGAGAGCCUCGUCAUCGUCACCGGCGCAUCUCAAGGCCUAGGUGCCGCAUCGGCGGUCCGGCUUGCCAAAAUCUACUCGACCAUCGUGCUUGUCGCCCGCAACGAGUCGCUGCUGCGCAAGGUAGCAGCCGAGGUGGAAGUCGAGGGAGCCAAAACGCUCACAAUACCGGCAGAUUUAUCUCUCCCCGAAUCCGCCAAGGAAGUGGUGGCCAAGACAGUCGACAAGUUCGGGCGGAUCGAUGCCCUCUUCAACAAUGCCGGUUCCGUGAAGCCAAUCGACCUUUUCAAGCUGACUGACGAGCAGUGGAAUGCCGGGUUUGACCUGAAGUUGCACGGUGCGCGGCGCCUAACGAUCGAGGCCUGGCCGUAUCUGAAAGCCUCGAAGGGCGCCGUGCUGUUCAUGUCCGGCGUGGCGGCCGAGGCACCCAAAGCAGGCAAUGCAGCCGUGGCGGUCGUCAACUCAGCGGUCAAUGCUCUGUCAAAGGCGUUCGCUGACCGCGGCAUUGAAGAUGGCAUCCAGGUCAACACUAUACUGCCGGGGCCGGUCGAAACCGAACGAUUGGUGACCAUGGCGACGCAAGUUGCGGAAACGAAAGGCAUUCCUCUCGAAGAGGCUAAAGAGAAUAUGCGCAAGUCAAUGGGUAUCAGUCGCUUCGGAAAGCCCGAGGAGAUCGCAGAGCUCGUCGCCUAUUUGCUUUCACCUUCUGCGCGUUGGAUGACGGGCUCAGCGGUCAGGAUUGAUGGUGGGGCGGUAAAAGGGAUAUAG